UCAAAAAUGAAGAGAUCACUCCAUCAAAAUGAAGAAAACGAUGACGUGGCAGAGAAUGCUUCCGAUCAAACAGUCCCUCAGGUAGACUCUCCACCACUUUCUCCUCUUCCGCCGCCGCCGCCGGCGGCGAGAAGGCUCAGGAGGCGCCUUCCGGCGAGGCUGCCCUACCAGCAGAAGCACCUCAACGUGGCGGUGGCGCGCCGCGAGAUCGUCGCGGCCCUCAAGCACCGCCGCGCCACCGCGAUCCAGCCGAAAAUCGAGCCGCGGAGCCUCGAUUUUCCGGCCUCCAAAUUGCCCCUGCUGCAGGGCGUGUACCCCCACGCGGUCCAGCCGAAAAUCGAGCCGCGGAGGCUCGAUUUCUCGGUAGCCAGCGCCUCCAAAUCGCCCCCGCUGCUGCUGCAGCAAGGCAUGUCUCCCUGCAGCUGGAGCUGCCCCCACUGCUUCUCGCCGUGGCCGGCGGUGAUGCUGCCGGCGCCGCCGCCGCCGCCGGACGCGGGGUUCCACGACUUCGAGGUGCCGUGGAUGGGGCUGGGGCUGGAGCUGGACGUGGAGGCGUUCGUCGGCAAGCCGUACAAGGUUUACAUCGACGGCGAGCCCCCGGUUGAGUUUGACGAAGACGAGUUCAACGAUGAGAUGCCGGAGUUUCCGCCGUGGUCGGACGAUCAGGCGGAGAAGCAGUGCGAGGUGGAUCUGCAGCAUGAUUCUGCUAUGCCUGGCUUGGAGAAUGAGGAAACUGAUGGAGUGGAUGAGAGUGGCUGAAUUGAGCAAGAUUUUGAUUGUGUUUUUGUAGCAUGAUCAAAUUAAUAUUUGCAUGCCCAGCAUUAAUGUGGGCGCUCAGUAAUUUUUAAAAUAAUUUUAAAUAAGCUCUAUUGUCAUUGAUGCCACCUACAGUCGGACUGUUAUAAAAUAAUAUUUUGA